AUGCCCUCAGUCCUUCACUUCUAUGUCCGUCCCUCUGGCCAUGAGAGGGCAGCCUCUGGACACACUCGGAGGAAGCUGCAAGGGAAAUUGCCAGAGCUGCAGGCUGUCAAGACCGAGCUGUGCUACAACGUGAACUGGACAGCGGACUCCCUCCCAAGCGCCGAGGAGAUGAAGAAGCUCACGUGGCUCUUUGGCUGCCCCUUGUUACCGGGUGAUGUUGCCCAGGAGUCCUGGCUCCGUUCUGACUCCAGCGACCUACUGCUGGAGGUUGGGCCCAGGCUGAACUUCUCCACCCCAGCCUCUACCAACGUCGUGUCCGUGUGCUGGGCUGCGGGGCUGGGGGCCGUGGAUCGCGUGGAGACUACCCGGCGCUACCUGCUCUCGUUUGCCAAGCCCCCUUCCUCUGAGACGAAGACCCUGGCUCUGGCUACCCUGCAUGACCGGAUGACGGAGCAGCACUUCCCGCAGCCCAUCCAGAGCUUCUCCCUUCGGAGCGUGUCAGCACCUCUCAACGGCCGGAUCGACAUCCUGGCAGAGGGCCGGCGUGCCCUGGAAAAAGCCAACCGGGAGCUAGGCCUGGCCCUAGACUCCUGGGACCUGGAUUUCUACACCAAACGCUUCCAGGAGCUAAAGCGGAACCCCAGCACCGUGGAGGCCUUCGACCUGGCUCAGUCCAAUAGCGAGCACAGCCGACACUGGUUCUUCAAGGGCCAGCUCCACAUGGAUGGGCAGGAGAUGACGCACUCCCUGUUUGAGGCCAUCAUGAGCACUCAGGCGUCCUCGAACCCCAACAACGUCCUCAAGUUCUGUGACAACAGCAGCGCAAUCCAAGGGAAGGAGGUCCGAUUCCUACAGCCCGAGGACCCCACGCGACCAAGCUGCUUCCGGCAGCAGCGGGCGCUGAGACAUGUCGUCUUCACGGCGGAAACCCACAACUUCCCCACAGGAGUAGCCCCCUUCAGUGGGGCGACCACAGGCACCGGCGGCCGGAUCCGAGAUGUCCAGUGCACGGGCCGUGGUGCCCACGUGGUGGCUGGGACUGCUGGCUACUGUUUUGGAAACCUGCACAUUCCAGGUUACAAUUUGCCCUGGGAGGACCCAAGCUUCCAGUAUCCUGAGAACUUUGCCCGACCCCUGGAGGUCGCCAUUGAGGCCAGUAAUGGGGCUUCUGAUUACGGCAACAAGUUCGGGGAGCCAGUGCUGGCCGGCUUCGCCCGCUCCUUGGGCCUCCAGCUCCCGGACGGCCAGCGGCGUGAGUGGAUCAAACCCAUCAUGUUUAGUGGGGGCAUUGGGUCCAUGGAGGCUGAGCAUGUGAGCAAGGAGCCCCCAGAGCCAGGCAUGGACGUUGUAAAGGUCGGGGGUCCCGCCUACAGGAUCGGAGUCGGGGGUGGAGCCGCCUCGUCUGUGCAGGUGCAGGGAGACAAUUCCAGUGACCUGGACUUUGGGGCUGUGCAGCGGGGAGACCCGGAGAUGGAACAGAAGAUGAACCGUGUGAUCCGGGCUUGCGUGGAGGCCGCCAGGGGGAACCCCAUCUGCAGCCUCCACGACCAGGGUGCCGGUGGCAAUGGCAACGUCCUGAAGGAGCUGAGUGACCCAGCUGGAGCUGUCAUUUACACCAGCCGCUUCCAGCUCGGGGACCCGACCCUGAACGCCCUGGAAAUCUGGGGGGCCGAGUACCAGGAGUCGAAUGCUCUUCUGCUGAGGCCCAUGGACCGAGACUUCCUCAGUCGUGUCAGCGCCCGGGAGCGCUGCCCAGCUUGCUUUGUGGGCACCAUUACGGGAGACAGGAGGAUCGUGCUGGUGGACGAUCGGGACUGUCCCGUUGGAAGAAAUGGCGAAGGGGACACCCCCUCGCCCCCGACCCCUGUGGACCUGGAGCUGGAUUGGGUGCUGGGCAAGAUGCCUCGGAAGGAGUUCUUCCUGCAGCGGAGUCUCCCCGUGCUGCGUCCUCUGGCCUUGCCCCCGGGGCUGAGUGUGCGCCAGGCUCUGGAGCGCGUCCUGAGGCUGCCUGCUGUGGCCAGCAAGCGAUACCUCACCAACAAGGUGGACCGCUCCGUGGGCGGCCUGGUGGCGCAGCAGCAGUGCGUUGGGCCCCUGCAGACCCCUCUGGCCGACGUGGCGGUUGUGGCAUUGAGUCACCAGGAGCUCGUAGGGGCUGCCACGGCUCUAGGAGAGCAGCCGGUCAAAAGCCUGCUGGACCCCAAGGUUGCCGCCCGACUGGCUGUGGCCGAAGCCCUCACCAACCUGGUGUUUGCUCUGGUCACCGACCUCCGGGAUGUGAAGUGCAGCGGGAACUGGAUGUGGGCGGCCAAGCUCCCGGGGGAGGGCGCGGCUCUGGCCGACGCCUGCGCGGCGAUGGUGGCGGUGAUGGCGGCCUUGGGUGUGGCGGUGGACGGUGGCAAGGACUCCCUCAGCAUGGCCGCCCGGGUCGGCUCUGAGACCGUGCGGGCCCCCGGGUCGCUGGUCAUCUCGGCCUAUGCCGUCUGUCCAGACAUCACAGCCACCGUGACGCCGGACCUCAAGCGUCCUGGGGGCAGAGGCCGGCUGCUGUUCGUGCCUCUGAGCCCCGGGCAGCACCGGCUGGGGGGCACAGCCCUGGCCCAGUGCUUCUCGCAGCUGGGCGAGCAGCCCCCGGACCUGGACCUUCCUGAGAACCUGGUGCGUGCCUUCCGCAUCACGCAGGGGCUGCUUCGAGACCGUCUCCUCUGCUCAGGCCACGAUGUCAGUGACGGGGGUCUCGUCACCUGCCUGCUAGAGAUGGCCUUUGCUGGGAAUUGUGGGAUAGAGGUGGACGUGCCUGCCCCUGGGGUCGAUGCACUGCCUGCAUUGUUCGCCGAGGAGCCGGGCCUGGUGCUGGAGGUGCGGGGGCCCGACCUGGCCCAGGUGCUGAAGCGCUACCGGGACGCCGGCCUGCACUGCCUGGAGCUGGGCGCCACGGGCGACGCUGGGCCCCACGCCCUGGUGCGAGUGUCCGUGAACGGGGCUGUGGUUCUGGAAGAGUCUGUGAGGCAGCUGCGAGCCCUCUGGGAGGAGACGAGUUUCCAGCUGGACCGGCUGCAGGCCGAGCCGCGCUGUGUGGCGGAGGAAGAGCAGGGGCUCAGGGAGCGGACGGGGCCCACUUACUGCCUGCCCCCAGGCUUCCCCAAAGCUUCCGUGCCCCGAGAGCCUGGUGGUCCCAUUCCCCGGGUGGCCAUCUUGCGAGAGGAGGGCAGUAACGGAGACCGCGAGAUGGCAGACGGCUUCCACUUGGCCGGGUUCGAGGUGUGGGAUGUGACCAUGCAGGACCUCUGCUCUGGGGCGAUCGGGCUGGACACGUUCCGCGGCGUGGCCUUCGUGGGCGGCUUCAGCUACGCGGAUGUCCUGGGCUCUGCCAAAGGGUGGGCCGCUGCUGUGACCUUCCACCCGCUAGCCGGGGCUGAACUGAGACGUUUCCGGAAGCGGCCCGACACCUUCAGCCUGGGCGUGUGUAAUGGCUGUCAGUUGCUGGCUCUGCUGGGCUGGGUGGGAGGUAGCCCCAGCGAGGAGGCAGAGGGGACGGGCCAGGACUCCUGGCCGGCCCGGCCGGGCCUCCUGCUUCGCCACAACCUGUCUGGGCGCUUUGAGUCCCGCUGGGCCAGCGUGCGGGUGGGUCCUGGGCCGGCCCUGAUGCUUCGAGGGAUGGAAGGAGCCGUGCUACCCGUGUGGAGCGCUCAUGGCGAAGGUUACAUGGCUUUUUCUUCUCCGGAACUCCAAGCCCAGAUUGAGGCCAGGGGCUUGGCUCCGCUGCACUGGGCCGACGACGACGGGAACCCCACGGAACAGUAUCCCCUGAACCCCAACGGGUCCCCAGGGGGCGUGGCUGGCGUCUGCUCCCUCGAUGGCCGCCACCUGGCCCUCAUGCCUCACCCUGAGCGGGCUGUGCGGCUUUGGCAGUGGGCGUGGCAGCCUCCUCCCUUUGACACUCUGACUACCUCCCCCUGGCUCCAGCUCUUCAUCAACGCCCGAAACUGGACCCGGGAGGGGGGCUGCUGAGCAGGGGGGCGUCGUGGGGGGCACCUGGGCCCAACGGUCUCAGCCCGCCCCAUCCCCAUCUUCAGAAGCACCCCCACGUCAUCUCCACAGACGUCUGGGACAGACAAGGACCAAAGCGCCAAAAAAAACCUCAGCUAAUGUUACUAAUCAGCCCGCUUUUGCCUUACGUUGUUGGAUGUGUUCCUCUCUCCCAUAGUUUGUUCUUUGUGGACCCGGGAAGCCGCGUGUGGGUCUGAGGCAGAAGCCUGCCUGCAGCAGGGGGAGGGUCCCAUCACCCCAGGCCACUCGGCCCAGUGAUCGAGGCGUGCCUCCUGUCUUCCUCCGGGCUCGGGGGCAUGUUUUACGUGCCCCUUCCCCAUACGUGGGAUUGUGGGGCUGGGGGUGUGCGAGAGCACGCAAGUCAAGUCGGGGCCCGAGUGUUCUUAUCAGAAAAACUGCAGAAGGAAGCUUUCGGGAUUUCUCUUUUCAAAAUGUAGUGCUGGGCGCCUGGGGGGCUCAGUCGGUUAAACGUAGGACUUCAGCUCAGGUCGGGAUCUCACAGCUCGUGGGUUCGAGC